AUGUCUCAUUCACGAAACGCGAGUGACACCAGCGACUUGAGCGAGACCAUCAGCGAACCUGAAUCCGUCAUCAGCUUCAACGAGAGCGUGUAUUUCAACAUGCAAAACGCUACCGUGUCCACUGCGACAUACGUGGGACAGGCUCGGCAGACAAUAGGGCAACUAGCGACGAAUGAGAAUAGAUGGAUCACAACUCCAUCAAGCGUGCACAACGUGGACGCAUCCAGGGUUCUAGACGCGAUGCUGGGGAACGCUUGCGGGACCGGUGGCGAAACCUCUGAGCGUUACACUGCCUGUGCUAUUUGCGCAUGUCCGGAGAUCCACGACCAAGUCAACCUCGCGAGGACUUGGUUCAUGUAUCUGCUAUGGCCAUUCUUCACAGCUGGAACCCACUGA